CGCAUUUACGUGGCCGAUUGUUGGUUAUUGAGUUUUGAGGUUGAUGUUAAUUUUUCAAUCUAAAUUUAAUGUUUUGCCGCGGUAUAUCCCAUUAAAAAAUAGGCUGCAAACAGUUUGUACUUAAAUUUUUACUCAAAGGUUAAUAUAGCAAGCCUGUCGAAUUUGUAUGAACAUGUCCUCAUCCGCGAUCUAUAUUUUGGAUAUAAAAGGUAAAGUUCUGAUUUCCAGAAACUAUCGGGGUGACAUAGAUUUAAAUGUAAUAGAGAAAUUUAUGCCUCUAUUAAUGGAAAAAGAAGAAGAAGGAUUGCUGACACCCAUUUUGCAAACAGUGGAAUGCACAUUUGCUUAUAUAAAAACUAAUAAUCUAUACAUUGUAAGCACUUCAAAGAAAAAUGCAAACAUUAUGUUGGUGUUCGUAUUUUUGCACAAGGUUGUUCAAGUUAUGACUGAGUACUUUAAGGAACUCGAAGAAGAAAGUAUAAGAGAUAAUUUUGUAGUGAUUUAUGAGUUAUUGGACGAACUCAUUGAUUUUGGAUAUCCUCAAACAACUGACAGCAAAAUUCUUCAGGAAUAUAUUACACAAGAAGGUCACAAAUUGGAAAUUCAAGUUCGCAUACCAGUUGCUGUUACUAAUGCUGUGUCUUGGAGAUCAGAAGGCAUUAAAUAUAGGAAAAAUGAGGUUUUCUUGGAUGUUAUAGAAUCUGUGAAUUUAUUAGCAAAUGCAAAUGGCAAUGUAUUAAGAAGUGAAAUAGUUGGAGCAAUAAAGAUGAGGGUAUAUUUAUCAGGUAUGCCAGAGUUGAGGUUAGGAUUAAAUGAUAAGGUUUUAUUUGAGAGUACUGGUAGAGGUAAAUCAAAAUCUGUUGAACUUGAGGACGUUAAGUUCCAUCAGUGUGUGCGGUUAUCAAGAUUUGAAAUUGAUAGGACAAUAUCAUUUAUUCCGCCUGAUGGAGAAUUUGAAUUGAUGUCUUAUCGGUUAAAUACCCAUGUGAAACCUCUAAUAUGGAUUGAAUCUGUUAUUGAGAAGCACGCUCACAGUCGAGUGGAGUAUAUGAUUAAGGCAAAAUCCCAGUUUAAAAGACGAUCAACUGCAAAUAAUGUUGAAAUAAUCAUUCCAGUGCCACACGAUGCAGAUUCUCCAAAAUUUAAAACUUCUAUUGGUAGUGUGAAAUAUGCUCCUGAACAGAAUGCCAUCAUUUGGACUAUUAAAUCAUUUCCUGGAGGAAAAGAAUAUUUAAUGAGAGCCCACUUUGGUUUACCCAGUGUUGAAUGUGAAGAUUCUGAAGGAAGACCUCCAAUUCAAGUGAAAUUUGAAAUUCCCUAUUUCACAACAUCAGGCAUUCAAGUUAGGUAUUUGAAAAUUAUUGAAAAAAGUGGGUAUCAGGCACUACCAUGGGUCAGAUACAUUACACAGAAUGGGGACUACCAACUGCGAACUAAUUGAAUCACUAAAGUUUAUAGUUUUUAAGUUUACUAGUUAUUGUUAAAACGUAAUCUAUAAAUAAAAUACCAUUAACAAAAAUAAUUUUAUUGCAUUAAAAAAAAAUUUUUACCAAUAUUAGA